ACCUUUCCAACGCACACAAAUUGAACGAGGACAUCCGUCAAUUCCGCGCAAACUCGUAAGGACGACGCAAGUUUAAUUCUCAAUUCACAAUGGCUACGGCUGUCGCGACAGAAAUGGAGCCGGAAAGUCCUUCCGUGGCUAACGAGACCCAUGAUUUAUCUAAGAAACGCAAGUCGCAAAUCGACGAGAUCGAAGUAGACCUCUCGCUCCCCGAGCCGCCGUCCAAGAAGGCAAAGCGUCUGCUUAAGAAGGGCAAGCCGUUACCCGUCAAGCCCAACAGUGACGACGAAGCAGAAUCCGAAGAUGGGCUCCCAAUUCCCAAGACCAAGGGCGAUGUCAAAGGUGCGAAGGGAGAUAAGAAGUCGCAACGCACUGAGCAUGGCGUAUGGAUUGGCAACCUUCCCUUUACCCUGACAAGGGUGGAGUUGUUCAAGUGGCUGGUGGAGAGCUCGGGGGGUGCUAUCAAGGAGGAGAACAUCACAAGAGUCAAUAUGCCCACGAGCAAAGAUACCGGUAGGGAUAGAAGAAACAGCAACUCUGACGAGCCAGCGAAGCGCCAGAAUAAGGGGUUUGCGUAUGUAGACUUUGACGCAGAAUCUGCAUCAGUUGCGGCGCUGGCACUUACAGAGACUGAAAUCAACGGACGCAAGCUAUUGAUCAAGGAUUCCAAGUCAUAUGAGGGACGCCCGAAGAAGGAAGCCUCUGGGGAGAAUGGAGAUGCAUCCUCUACUCCUAAUGGAGCGACAAAGAUAGAGAAGAACAAUCCAACCAGCAGAAAGAUUUACGUUGGUAACCUCUCGUUCCAAACCACUGAAGAUGACCUACGCGCACACUUUGACAAAUGCGGCGAAAUUGAGUGGAUCAAGGUCGCUACGUUCGAGGACAGCGGCAAGUGCAAAGGCUUCGGAUGGGUUAAGUUCAAGGAAGCCGAGUCCGCCUCAUGGGCCGUCAAAGGGUUUGUCAAGAUCAAGGAAGAGAUUGAGACCGAAGACGAUUUCCGCGAUGAUGAUGAGGAUGUCGCGGGAGAGAAGGAAAGGAAGUUCAAAAUGAGGAAGUGGUGGGUCAACCGGCUCAAGGGCCGUGAGCUGAAGAUCGAAUCGGCGGAGGAUGAUCAAGUCCGGUAUAAGAAGAGAUUCGGCAAGGAUGCGCCGGCGGGAAAGACGCAGGGGAAGAGGGAUUUUAAGCGGGAUUCGCGAACGAAUAAGACGGAGAAUGGAAACAGACCGGCGUUUGGUGAGAAGACCGAAGGUGCGGCGAAGACGGGAUACGGAGACGCGGCUACGGCGUCGUAUCUUACAGGCGCCGUCGUCAAACCCCAGGGCAAGAAGAUCACGUUCGAUUAGGGGACACGAAUUGAUUCCCAGGAUUUGUACAUACAUACCUACUCAUAGACGGCUCUAUGAUACCCAACAUUGACGGAAAUGAAAUAAGUCACAAUGUCUCUUAUUUGCGCGU